GGUUGGAGCCGCGGCGUGGGCGGGAGCAGCGGAGGCCAGGAAGCGGCGGAGGUUUUUCCUGCCCGCGGCCCCGGAGCGCAGCGGGACGGACGGACAGACGGACAGACGGACCGCCGGGCCGCGCCGGAGAUGACGACGCUGACGCACCGGGGCCGGCGGGCGGAGGGCCGGGGCUCCGAGAAGAGGGCGGAGGGCGAGGAGGAGGCGGCCGACAGAGAGCUGAACGAGGAGGAGCCCGAUGACUCCAAAGACAUCCGCCUGACCCUCAUGGAGGAGGUGCUGCUCCUGGGGCUGAAGGACAAGGAGGGCUACACCUCGUUCUGGAACGACUGCAUCUCCUCGGGGCUGCGCGGGGGCAUCCUGAUCGAGCUGGCGCUGCGCGGGCGCAUCCGCCUGGAGCCGCUGGCCCUCAGGAGGAAGAGGCUGCUGGAGAGGAAGGUGCUGCUGAAGUCGGAUGCUCCCACUGGGGAUGUGCUGCUGGAUGAGACCCUCAGGCACAUCAAGGCCACCGAGACAGCAGAGACGGUGCAGACCUGGAUAGAGCUGCUCACGGGAGAGACCUGGAACCCCUUCAAGCUGCAGUACCAGCUGCGCAACGUGCGGGAGCGCCUGGCCAAGGCGCUGGUGGAGAAGGGCAUCCUGACCACGGAGAAGCAGAACUUCCUCCUCUUCGACAUGACCACCCACCCCGUCAGCAACGCCUCCGAGAAGCAGCGCCUGCUGAAGAAGCUCCAGGAGAGCGUCCUGGAGCGUUGGGUCAACGAGCCCCAGCGCAUGGAGCGCAGGACCCUGGCCCUGCUGGUGCUGGCCCACGCCUCGGACGUGCUGGAGAACGUUUUCUCCAGCCUGGCCGAUGACAAGUACGACGUGGCCAUGAACAGGACCAAGGACCUGCUGGAUAUGGACCCUGAGGUGGAAGCUGCCAAGGGCAGGGGCACGGAGAUGAUCUGGGCCGUGCUGGCGGCCUUCAAUAAGUCCUAAACACUCCUCACAUGGGGUGGGGGAGAGACCCCUGAUGGGUCCCAUCCUGGGGUCACACCCUGGGGUCUCCCCUGAGGGACCUGGACCUGGAAGGUGCCAAAGCCAGAGGCAUGGAGAUGAUCUGGGCCAUGCUGGUGGCCUUCAGUAAGUCCUAAACACUCCUCACAUGGGGCAGGGGAGAGACCCCUGAUGGGUCCCAUCCUGGGGUCACACCCUGGGGUCUCCCCAGAAGAACCUGGACCUGGAAGGUGCUGAAGGCAUGGGUACAGAGAUGAUCUGGGCCGUGCUGGUGGCCUUCAGUAAGUCCUAAACACUCCUCACAUGGGGUGGGAGAGACCCCUGAUGGGUCCCAUCAAGAGGACCCCACACCCCACAUGGGGUCCCAUCAAGGGGAUCCCUCUCCCCAUGGGGACCUGAACCUGGAAGGUGCCAAAUGCAGAGGCACAGAGAUGAUCUGGGCCGUGCUGGUGACCUUCAAUAAGUCCUAAAACCUCUCCUUGGUGGGUCCCAUCCUGGGGUCACACCCUAGGGUCUCCCCAGAAGAACCUGGACCUGGAAGGUGCCAAGGGCAUGGGCACAGAGAUGAUCUGGGCCAUGCUGGUGGCCUUCAAUAAGUCCUAAACACUCCUCACAUGGGGCAGGGGAGAUCCCUGAUGGGUCCCAUCCUGGGGUCACACCUGGGGUUCUACCCUGGGGUCUCCCCAGAGGGACCUGGACCUGGAAGGUGCCAAAGCCAGGGGCAUGGAGAUGAUCUAAGCUGUGUUGGUGGCCUUCAAGAAGUCCUAAACACUCCUCACGUGGGGUGGGAGAGACCCCUGAUGGGUCCCAUCAAGGGGACCCCUCACCCCAUGGGGACCUGGAGUUCCUGGGGCACUGGGUGGGCUCAGCCUGGGGAGGGACCAGGGGAUUUUUGCUUUUUCCCCUCCUCAGGUAGGGCUGAGAGGUGACAACCCAGCACCACCACCAGCACCAGCACCAGCACAGCCCCGUGGUGCCUCCAGGGAGAGGUGGCAGGGCCCAGGGGGUGGCAGAGCUGGGGUUGGCAGAGCCCGGGGUGGCCCAGGAGCUGCUCCAAGAAGCCAAACCCUGGCACAUUGGGGGCUCCUGGGUACCUCUCCCCCAGCCAGCUCCUGCCUGGCAGCUCUGGGGGUGCCCCUGAGGAGCUCACACCCUCCUGGGGUGGCCUUUGGGGGUGUUGGGCACCCCAAGCUCGCCCGGGCUGUGCCCCUGUGGCUCAGCUGCUCUUUCUAGUAAGAAAAAUCAAGUGAAACUGUGGUUAUUUUUGUUCCUUCCUUCCUCCCCCACUUUAUUCUCCUGUAGUUCACUUUAAAUUGAAAUGUUUCUCCGCA